GGGAACUGUAAAUCUAUCUUAAGUAGCACUUUUGUGGGGGUCAUACUCAUAGCAAGUAUAGGCUUUUUGAAGUUGAUGGGGUGGUGGAAAAGCAAAGUAGCAUACGAAAUGCAUUUGCUUUCAUGUUUUUGCAUAUUCAGCAAGUUCACACGCUCAUGGAGGAUGGCUCCACUUGCUCUUUUGCUGCUUUUUUCCAGUUACAGACUGGUUGGUGUCGUAUUCUUCUCCCUCCUCUUCACAUCUCUUACACUGCUUUUCUCCACUCUUGUCUUCAUGUGGAAGCACAAGGCUGUGGCACAAGGGAGUCUCAGUAGUUGUACUUCUCAAGAGAAGAGACCACAUGUCCCAACCCUAAUGCACAAGCAUGAAACUGUGAGACAUGUGAAGGAAAGUGAUGAUGAUGAUGAUGAUGAUGAUGAUGAUGAUGAUGAUGAUGAUGAUGAUGAUGAUAAUGAUGAUGAUGGUGCUCCUUCAGAAGUGUUGUUUUUGUCCAGUUCUGAGGAGUGUGAUGCAGAUCAGACGCCCGAGUUCUCAGAUGGGACAAUUUCUGAUGAAGACAGUCUCAUAGAGAUUGCACUUCCAAGUGGACACUUUGUGGGACAUAAUCAGAGAGAAGACUUGAGCAACGGCAACAACAACAACUGCUGCAGUUUGCAACAGAAGAAGAGGGAGUUAUCAGCUCACGAGACCCUCAUGGAAUUGUUGGCAGAGUUCAAUGAGGAGGAAAACCUAAUAGAGAUUGACAUAGCCAUGGGUUCUAUCAAGUGCUCAAGGUUUGAAAUACAAGCAUGAUGAAACUCAAAUGUUAAUUCAUGAUCAUAUCAUAUAUACAUAUCUGUUGCCAGCCACAGUUUUUUUCAUCCACCUAAUUCUUCUUAUAUCUGGUUGGAUUGUUUGGGAUGUAAUUAGGUUGUGAUCUUAAUGUCUUAAGUGUUAAAAAGCUUCUGCUGUGCUUUACAAGCUUUGGAUACUCAUUAAAGUGAUUUUAUUAUGACCCUUCUUUUUGACUUAA